UACCGAGCAUCAGGCAGAGAAGUGCGAUCUCCAUCUUGUGUCGCUUUGUCUUCCUCUUUGUCAAGUUUCACAGAGUUGUUAACCACAUCCUGACAAACACAGGAAAUCAAGAAGGUAAACCACUUUGAAUUGCCUGGUGUCUGAUGAGCUCCAUAAAAAUCUGUCCUUGCCUUAGUUUGCCUUCUACUGGUGAGAUGGAAGAACAGCAGCCGCCUGCUGUAGACGACCUUGACAGGACAGAACGACAGUCUGAUGUGAUUGGCUCACACGAACCAGUUAACGUUACAAUCGGUGAUGAUGCCGUUCUGUCAUGCCACCUAGAGCCUGAAUUUGAUUUGAAGACCCAAACGGUGGAGUGGAGACGUGAUCAAACUAUUGUGCACGUCUAUCGAAAUAAUGAUGAUGAUCCAGCUCUUCAGGACAAGCGCUUCAGAGGCAGAACUUCUCUCUUCCAAGAUGAGAUGACCAGAGGAAUCAUUUCACUGAAGCUGACCAACGUUACGGAACAGGAUGCAGGAGAAUACAUGUGCUUUGUUCCCAAUCUGAGAAGUCAGGUCAAGAAAGGCUACGUUACUCUCAUUGUUGCAAAGCCAGGGGAGAAAGGAAACAAAGAAAAUCAGAACGAUAAUCCCCAACCCCAACCAGCGAGUGAUGGUGCUAUAAUUGGCCUUGCAGCUUUCAUUGCUAUGGUUUUUAUCAUUGGAUUGAUUAUAUUCUGGUGCCUGUGUGGCAGAGCCAGUUCUAGAGAAACUUUACUAGGGGGAUCAUGGUUGGGCCGGUGUUUAAUCAGAGGGGCACAUUAAAAAAAUGGAAACAAAUGAUAUCUAAACAUUAAAUACUGUAAUUUUGCUUUACAUUAACAUCAUACAGAAGUUUAUUUGAGUGCAUCGAUUGAAACAAUGAGGUAGGGCCAUCAAACAUUAGAAAUUAAAUACAGCAGGACAAUGCUGCAAAAGUUGGGCAUGGACCCCCUCAUAACUGUCUGGCCUGAAGCUCCGUCUCCUGUCCCCAUCAGAGUGGUUGGGAAUAUGUCCAACUUGGGCUGCACUGCUACAUCGUUCUUGGACUUGCUGAUAUCUGUGGAAAGAUGCACAGUAAACAUUGGGCACAACUAUAAACAACAUAUAUUUACUGUUGUAUGCAUUUAUUUUAAAAUGUAGGCCAAGUAUUUGUUCAUUUUUUUAACAUAAGAAUCGUAUAUCAAUGUUGCAAAAAAGAAUUUUUGGCAGAAAGUAUCAUUUUAUGGACACAGUGUACUAUGAACUGUAAUGACACUGCAAAUGGCCCGAACAGGAACACCUGUUCUACAUCACAAACCUGAUGG